AUGGCGGUGAUGACCGUUCUCAGUUUGAUCGUGACCCUCUUCCUCACCUCAGUCUUCGCCAACACUGAAAAAACCAUCUUCCUCGGUCCCGAACCCAUUCCUCUCACUGUUGUUCACUCAACCCUCUCCGACCUCCGACUCGAAACGCUCACUCCGGCUAACGGGACCCUGAGGACGAAAAUCAACGCCCAGUUCCCUAGAACCGAACACUCCAAGGGAACAACCACAUGGCUCGUCCUCGACAAGCUCACCCCCAACCAGCGCUAUGAAGUGCGCGUCUGCUGGCCAGCCACACAACCAACCGAAUUAUCCCUCUCAACCUUUCCCCUCUCCGCAGUGCGGGAUGACGCCGAGCUGAUGGCCUCAUUACACGCCUAUUCGGCCUCGCGGCAUCAUUCAUACCCUAACGAGACGACACAUUUUUCCAUCCAGGGCAAUAGCAGCGAGCGUGGGGAACAAGCAUCAAUCCUGCUUCUGCACAUCCUCGCCGCAGCUGACUACUUUACCACCGACACGUCGCUCAUGAGGGACGUGCCGCCCGUGGACGUCGACAUCAUCCUGGAUCCGUUCCUCAUGAAUGUGCUCCCCCGCUCCAUCGCAGGCACGGCGUGUUAUAUUGUCGCCGUGGCCGUGGUAACUUUCCAUCUUGCCAGGAGAAUGAGUUUAUGGUUUCAAGAGCUCAUUACAUGUGGUAGGGGCAGCUCCUCAAAGCGAAGUGUCAAGAAACGGCAAUGACAUAUUGUGGUAUGUCAUGUUGUUGCGAGUCUAUGUACCGGAAGACAUAAGCAAAUAGAUGUUGAGCAACAGGAAGAUUCAGGCAUUCGAUGUGACGGGAUAUUUGCGGAAAAAGUCAGAAGCAGAACGUAUAAACAGACGAACGAGCCUCGUCAUCGCUGCCAAUUUCUAUCACAUCAAACAAAAGCCAGAAAUAAAUAAAACACAGUCCGCCACCCGCGGCCCGCACUUACACUUUAAGACCCAUCAUCGGGCACCGUUCCAUUCUCGACGACCCCUCCUCCCUUGAACUGCUGUUCUGCCAGUCGAGAAUUGUCAAGCCUCCUCCACCACCCUCGGCCGCCCAUUCUCACCCAUCGUG